AUGUCUUCAGCGAAGAAGAUUCUUGUAGUUGGCGGCACCGGUGCCCAAGGGGCGGCUGUGGUUCGGGUUUUGGCUUCUACGGGUGACUUUGGAAUCAUUCUCUUCACUCGCAGCACAGACUCUUCCCAGUGUCAAGAGUUGCUGAAGUUGCCCAAUGUCGAGGCAGCGAUCAACCCAGCACCACAAGGAUACGACCUUGGAGCCUUCGAGGCCGCCGCUCGAAGAUCAUACGGGGUCUUUCUUAAUACUGACGGCUUCGCGCUCGGCGAAGAGGCAGAGACAUACUGGGGUAUACGACUGUACGAGACGGCCGUGAAAGCUCGUGUACAGCAGGUAGUGUACAGUGGUCUGGAUGAUCACUUCCGCAACUCAGGCUAUGAUCCAAAAUCCUACGUUGGACACUUCCAAGGGAAGUCCAGAGUCCAAGGUGAGUCCUCUCUGGCGUUUAGUCCCUAA